GGGGGCACUGGGGGGUCCCGGCCAGCCCCGUCCUGGCGUGGCCGGGGUGUCCCGGGCCGUGGUCACUCGCGGGUGGCGGGGGGGCGGUCCCGGUCCCUCCCGGCGGGGGCGGCCGCUGGGGCCCGAGGCGGGACGGGUACAGGAACGGGCGCACCGGUACCGGCACUGGCCCCGACCCCCGGGACCGGGACCAUGGCGGGGCUGGCGCGGUGCCAGCGCGAGGCCGAGGAGGUGACGGAGCUGAUGCGACAGAACGUGGCCAAGGCGCUGGAGCGGGAGGGACACCUGGAGCAGCUGCAGAGCCGCGCCCAGGACCUGCGACAGGCGAGCGAGGCCUUCACCCGCACCACGCGCGCGGUGACGCGGCGCCAGCGCAGGGCACAGCGCCGGUGGCACCUGCUGGCCCUCGGCCUCGGCCUCCUCCUCCUCUUCAUCCUGGGGCUGGCCCUGGCGCUGGCCCUGGCGCGCUCGUCCCCCGGGACUGUCACCAGCACUGUCCCCACCCCGGGGGGCACCGAGCACCCCCCCAGCGCUGCAGGGAGCCCGCGAGGACGGGGGGACCACAGUGACAAAUAAGUGACAAAAAAGUGACAAAUGAACAGCAGGGCUCUUGGGGACACCCUGCAAUGACAACAACGAACGUGGGACGAUCCUCGAGGAGACCCCACAAGGAACAGACUCAAAAAUCUGCUCUGAAGGGACCCCACAACGAAAACCCACUGGGGGGAAACACCACAAACAGCACAGGAGCUCUCUGGGGAGAGCCUGCAACCCCAAACCAGCAGCACGGACUGGGGGGACCCUAAAAUAAAUGAACACCAGGAUCUGGUUUGGGAUGAUCCUACAAUAAAUAAAUAAACACCAGGAUCUGGUUUGGGGAGACCCU